AUGGAUAUGCACAUGAAGACAGUGAGAAAGUUGUACACACUCUUAGAUGCAUUGUAUUAUAAUCCAUCAUCAUCAUCAUCAUCAUCAUCAUCAUCAUCAUCAUCAUCAUCAUCAUCAUCAUCAUCAUCAUCAUCAUCAUCAUCAUCAUCCAAAUCAUCAUCAUCAUCAUCAUCAUCCAAAUCAUCAUCAUCAUCAUCAUCAUCCAAAUCAUCAUCAUCAUCAUCAUCAUCAUCAUCAUCAUCAUCCAAAUCAUCAUCAUCAUCAUCAUCAUCCAAAUCAUCAUCAUCAUCAUCAUCCAAAUCAUCAUCAUCAUCAUCAUCCAAAUCAUCAUCAUCAUCAUCAUCAUCAUCAUCAUCAUCAUCAUCAUCAUCAUCAUCAUCAUCAUCAUCAUCAUCAUCAUCAUCAUCAUCAUCAUCAUCAUCAUCAUCAUCAUCAUCAUCAUCAUCAUCCAAAUCAUCAUCAUCAUCAUCAUCAUCAUCAUCAUCAUCCAAAUCAUCAUCAUCAUCAUCAUCAUCCAAAUCAUCAUCAUCAUCAUCAUCCAAAUCAUCAUCAUCAUCAUCAUCAUCAUCAUCAUCAUCAUCAUCCAAAUCAUCAUCAUCAUCAUCAUCAUCCAAAUCAUCAUCAUCAUCAUCAUCCAAAUCAUCAUCAUCAUCAUCAUCCAAAUCAUCAUCAUCAUCAUCAUCAUCAUCAUCAUCAUCAUCAUCAUCAUCAUCAUCAUCAUCAUCAUCAUCAUCAUCAUCAUCAUCAUCCAAAUCAUCAUCAUCAUCAUCAUCAUCCAAAUCAUCAUCAUCAUCAUCAUCCAAAUCAUCAUCAUCAUCAUCAUCAUCAUCAUCAUCAUCAUCAUCAUCAUCAUCAUCAUCAUCAUCCAAAUCAUCAUCAUCAUCAUCAUCAUCAUCAUCAUCAUCAUCAUCAUCAUCAUCAUCAUCAUCAUCAUCAUCAUCAUCAUCAUCAUCAUCAUCAUCAUCAUCAUCAUCAUCCAAAUCAUCAUCAUCAUCAUCAUCAUCCAAAUCAUCAUCAUCAUCAUCAUCAUCAUCAUCAUCAUCAUCAUCAUCAUCAUACACGAACAACACAAACAUACGAGAAUUCAUGUAA